AUGACGACCAAGACUAGCCUGCGCACCUUCCAGUCCGAGAUUGAGAAAAUACGACACCGGGAGGUUGUCCGACAAAGAGACCAGACCGCCGCGGAACGAGCGAAGGAGAAGGAGUCCAAGAAGACCCCGGUCCGCUCUGGUGCUGCUGAACUAUCCACAUCAGCUCCCACACAGGGAGGCGCCAUCGAUCCACAAGUGAGAGAGCCUGCGGGAUUGUCAGAUGCGGGUGCGGGGUUGUCAGAUGUGGAUGAGCAAAUACAGUCAUUAUUACUUUCCGCCUCUUCCGCGGACCAUGACAAGGCGCGAGAUAUCAUCGCAUCAAUAUUGACCAGGCGCAAAGGAGAGUAUAUACUGCGAAUAGGUGCACAUCCACCACACUCCAAGCUAUUCUCGAAGACGCCUGGUUCGCUCGAGGGAUCAGACGCAUGGCAUGGCACGGCCCGGACUGUAGAAGAACUCGAUGCACUUCAGCGUGAGGUGCAGGAGAUUGUGACAGAUAUCGGAGGCGUGACUACAGUUUUGUUCGACACAAGAACAGAGCGUCCGCGAGCGACCUUGCUCCUUCGAUUACCUCCUGCGGACGUUUCUGUCACCCCGGAAGUCCGGUGCGCUGUCGUCGGAAACGUCGACAGUGGCAAGUCGACCACUCUGGGUGUCUUGACUAGAGGGGCACUUGAUGAUGGUAGAGGGCGUGCCCGCGUGAGUUUAUUCCGACACAAACACGAGAUUGAGAGUGGGCGGACGUCUAGCGUAGGGAUGGAGAUCUUGGGCUUCGGGCCCUCUGGCGCACCAAUACUGCCGUCAACUGCACAUUUGAACGACGCAGAGGUGAUCAGGCGAGAGAAACUGGGCUGGGAGGAGAUCUCUGCAAAGGCUGCCAAGAUUGUGUCCUUCAUCGACCUUGCGGGCCACGAACGAUAUUUGAAGACGACACUCUACGGCCUGACUUCGGGGGCGCCGUCCUGCGUGAUCCUCAUCGUCGGAGGGAAUGCAGGGCUCAUCGGUAUGUCAAAAGAACACCUCGCGAUCGCUCUCGCCUUGAGCGUCCCCGUCGUCGUCUGCAUCACGAAGAUUGACAUGACACCACCGAAUGUCCUGACGAAGACAAUCGAGCAGGUGACCAAGAUCAUGCAGAGCCCUGGCUGUCGGAAAACAACUGUCUUCGUGCAGUCAGCUGAGACUGCGGUAGAGCUCUCGCAAGUAUUUGCUGCUGAACGAUUAUGUCCCGUGUUUCAAUUAUCGAAUGUCACAGGAGCCGGGCUUGACUACCUACGAACAUUCUUGAAUUUGCUGCCUGCUAGCGAGAGUGACACAGAGAAGUUCGCAGCCGACCAGCCAUUAGAGUACUCAGUGACAGAGAUUUGGUCGGUGCCAUAUGUCGGCACUGUAGUCGACGGUAUCUUGAACAGCGGUACCAUAAAGAAUGGCGACUCUGUGCUAAUCGGCCCGGAUGCCAACGGCAACUAUCAGAGCACGGUUGUGAAGUCAAUACAACGCAAGAGGGCCCCGGUAACUAGCGCGGAGGCUGGCCAGUGCGUGUCGCUCGCCCUUAAGCGUGUCCGGAAGUCGGCCAUACGGAAAGGCAUGGUACUCGUGCACAAGAGCGAGACGCCUCCAAGAGCCGUGCGGCGAUUCGAGGGGCAGGUCCUCAUCCUAUAUCAUAAUACAACGUUGCAGAAGAACUACCAGGCUAUGCUUCAUUGCGGGGCCAUCCGUCAGACCGUGCGCAUAGUGAACAUGGACCACCCUCAAGGCAUACUUCGAACAGGCGAUCGUGCCACGGUUACUUUUGAGUUCAUAUCUCACCCAGAGUUCAUCAAGGAAGGGAUGAAACUCCUCUUCAGGGAGGGGAAGACGAAGGGUCUGGGCGUCAUUACACGAUUAUUAUAACCUUGUAACCAUGACGAGCUGGCGACGACCGCGCAGAUAGGGCGGAGAUGACCUCGCCAUUGUACAAUACGAUGAGGGCGACACCCGCAGCGCGGCCCGGGCUCUUCUAUU